UUGACUGGCUUUGGAGGUAGUAAGACAAUGUGAUUGCCGAUAGACAAUAAUGGCAGCAGGACAAUUAUUUGACACUGUGGAAAAGCUGCAGUCCUGUCCCGUUCUCAAGAGGAAGGAACAUCUGCGAAAAAUUCGUGACUGGCUGGAAACCGAUUCAAACCACAUCAGUCUCGAUGAGAAGAGCAUUCAAACUGGCAGCUCUGUGACCUGGCAAAAUCUUUUUCAACAGUGCCACGACGUUUAUCAGGAGGCCUUGAAUGAUGUUGGUUGUAAGGAGUCUAAUGUCAAAGCUGCCUUACGGGAAGAGGCCAGAAAGUUGGUGUCACUUGUCGGAGCAUGUGCCAACCGAGACAAAGACUUGCCCUAUCUGGACUUUGAAAAGGCCUGUCAAAUGUGCAUGGGCGCUGCCAGUAAGGAAACGACAAAAGAGUGCCGGGAAAUGUAUGUCAAGCUGCUGCACAAUAAACUGGUUGCUCUCAAUGGCUACAGAGUAAAAUUUACAACAGACAUCUGCAUUGAAAUCGUUGAUUUCUGUGUGGGUUUAUUUCCUAGCGCUGUAGCAAUUCUAAAAUGUGAAUUGCUGCACAUUUUGGAGAUAUGCAUCAUUCUUGGGUCAAAGCAAACCCUUGUAGCAGUUCAUUUGAAGAACAAAUUACAGUUUUUUGAAAACAUCCUGGAGUACUCUGAUGAAUUUCCAUCUAAACAAAACUUUGCUGAGCUAGCAUUGAGGACAAAUUUGGCACUGGCCUCUGAGUUGGCCUUGGAGUACAGAUUUGCUCUUUGCAAAAUUGGAGAAACCAUUCUGCCUACUGGACUGAAUUUGAUUAAAAAUGACAUGACUGUGUUUAUAAAGUAUUGCCUGCUGCAAAUGGCGCUUCACCACCCAGGAGGCGCUGAGAAAGACUCCUCAAACUUCUUUGCUUCCGACUGGGAAAUUUGGAACGAUAUUUUGGUUUCCAUUUUCCACAUGGUGCAAACUGAACUGAGGAAUUUGUUCAAAACGGUUGUCAGAGGUCGCAAUUCCAGGAACCAAGAUGUUGAAGUCGGAAGUGACCUUCUAAACCUAUCUGUUGAGGUUUACAAACAGAUUUUUUCGCUGGAUGAUCAAGGCACUAAUUUGCAAAUGAACGUUACAAUGACUGCAAGCACAAGCGCAGGGCCGUCAGCAAAGAAGAUCAAGAUUGAAGUGGGAAUUCCAAUGUUGAUUGAUCAACUAAAAUCUGCUAAAAGAACUGAGGAAAUUUCUGUGAGGUUGAACGUCAUUUCUUUUUAUUUGAAAAAAUAUGGUUCAACUCUGUCGCAAGGCGACUACUUCAGUCUCCUGCGGUUUUUGUCUGAAACGCAAGCCCUGGGUAGAACAAAUGCGGUCUUGAGGCAGCUCUGCAACUGUUGUAGAUCAUUGCUUGAGGGCUACCCUUUGCAGAAAUUGGAUGCUACAGAGGCUGAAGCUGUCAAAUCCCUUUGGUUCAAAGUGUGGGACAUGGCAAUCAGGUCUGCAGGGCUCAAUCAGUGUAUCGAAGGGAGCAACGACUUGCUGCAAGCACUCCUCAGAAGUAAUUUCGCAAGCGAACUCAACACCUCCAGCCUCUUAGGACUGUACACCAGAAAUACCAUCCAUCUCAACUGUCACAGUCUUAGGACAUUGGUAACACUGACAACCAAUUGCUUCAUCCCUGACCUGCUGAAAAGCAUCAAUGAAGUUGCGAACUGCUCCAGUCAAAACCUUGGAGGAGAAUCUCAAAAUUGGAAGCUGGUGCUGGCAUGGCUGUUGCCCAGCAAGGAGGAUGAGGACGAACGCAGUAUGCGAGCGUACACAAAACUUCCACCUCAGUUGCUUGCAGAGGCUCUGAUCAGAUGCAUGUGCAAGAAUCGAAUUACUCUGAAAACUUCAAGUCAGCUUGAUAUCAGUGACAUAAAUGCCUCAAGCUUCCAAAAUAUCCACAAUGCGUACAACCCUGCGAGUGGUGUCAAAAUGGAAAUGUCCGAAAAAGAGACAAUCUUUGUUCCAAGGCCUCAGUUUUUCGAAUCUGGUCCAGCAAUCGUAACAACUAUGCUGUCCAAACGCUUCAAAGAAGUGUCGUCUGAGAUGAAGAGAGAUGAAUCAACGCAGCUGACCGUGGACCCUUCUCAAGAGCAGUUUGUUCAAAGUGUUCAUCAAGCUAUGAUCAGCUGUGCCGUUUUGACGCACCUUUUAAAUGCCGACCUGCUCGACGUGGAAGAGUUUCCUGAAUUUCCUACUGUACAUGAAAUCAAGCGACUGCUGAACUACAAUAUUCCAUCAAGCUUUGAAAGGCUGAUGGAAGUGAAGAAAAACGAGCCGCCACUUGAGCAGAUUAUCGUCUUGGUAAAGCUGUACUCGGAAGAUAACCACAAGCUUGUUGCCGAUCUGAUUCGAGAAAGCACGCCGGAUUACUUCCUCCAUAAGCUAUUCAGUCAGUGCAACUUCAAAGUGACCAAACGCAUCGCCGUGGAGCACUUCUCAGAAAUCCACUCGCACGUGGAAAGCACCACAAAUUACUGUCCAUACCCCAUCACUGGCACGCUGACGAGGCCUGAAGAAACAAUGGUUGUGUUCACCAAAGUGUUCGCCUCUUUCUGCUUCCACUCCAAAAUUGAUUAUACAAAUCGGAUCGAGGGAUUCAGCCUGAACAUCCUGAACAUGUGCUACGAGCUUAAGCAAAAUAGCAGGUCGCUGGCCAACAUGCAAAGGAUUUUACUAACGCUGAAGAUAGCGAGUCAGGUGGCCAGCAAUCUGAACGAGGAGCACGCCAACUACAUCAUGGAGUGCCUGAGAGAGCUCACAAUUAUGCAUCGCAACUACGCUGACAUCGUCAUCCCCAUUCUGGACAUCCUGGAGGACAUGCUGGAAUACCUGAACAGAACGGAUGGCAAAACGCACCGCAGUUUUGCACAGUCCAUCGUGAAAGGGUUCAAGUUGCUUGUAGAAAAGAAGAAGACGUUUGGCCGGUUGGUGCGACUGAAGUUGAUUCAGUGCAUCAAGAAGUGGAUCAGCCUGGACCCUACGCAAACCUGGGCCAAGUUGAAAGACGAGCCUGUGGCGCUUGCUAUGCUGGACUUUGUUAAAGAUGAGUUACAUGAAGUGAGGAUGUCCACUAUCUCGCAUUUGCAAGAAAUCUUCAGUCCAGACGCACCAGAUUGGUCUGCGCACCAGGUCUUGGAGUGGAGAGCGACAGUAUUUAGCAAACUGAGCACCCUGAUCAACGAGUUAUUCAACGCACUAGACAGCAGCUUGGUGAAAGAAGAUGAGCUGAGAAACCUUGGAAUCAGCGGCUUGAACUGCUUGGGAGUUGCAGUGGCCCACUGUCCAGAGCAGAGAAAUGCGGCUAUAUACUCUUUGUUUGAGCUGAUAAAGUUGCAACAUAUCAAUCCCGAUCUGGUCCAGAAGACGGUCAACACUCUUAACGACAGCUUGAGCAUAUCUGAAGGUGGCAACGUUUUGGAGCCUUGUCUGGCUUCCAUCCUAUUGAGGUGGUCCUCUAAUUAUGACGUGCUAGAUUUUCCAUCCUUCCUAUUUGGCUUUUCGUCCAUUGGAGAGUUUGCAGAGAGCCAUCAAGAGAGAAUCGUGACCACCCUAGUCGUGUUGAAAGAUAAGAAGAAUCUCAAAGCGCUGGCCAGGUUGCUUUCCAAGCCUGAAAAAGACAUUGUCAAAGAGAGCAAAGUGCUGCUUUUGUUCACUUGCUUGCCCUACAUAGCGCUGAAAGAUAGUUUGAGUCAAGAUGUGCUCAUCAAACUUGAGAAUUGCUUCACGGUCCUGAGGGAGUGCUUCAAUGAAGAAGAGAUGGACACCAUCCUUGGUGAUGAGUUUGCAGAGAUUAUAUUCAACUUGUUUACGUCGAUUUCAGACACACGCUAUUGGGAAAGACAACUUGGCGUGUCGUUUGUUGACUUGCCCUCUACCGAUGAGUUAUCUGUAGACCACAAUACUUUCAAAGAAGUCAUGCAUUGGAUCCAGCAAAAGCUUCCGGACUCUAGCAUUCCUGUUAUGGCUUUCGUGGCGCGUAAUCACCCCAGCCACUGCCAGAGCAUUAUGCAGAGAUUGGCGAGACGAGUGUUUAAAGCGCCAACCAAGGAGGACCGUCUGCUGCGUUUCCUUCAGUACAGCUCUUUGGUUCUUGAGAUGUGCAGUUUUGUUAGCAGUGGUCUGCUGGGUAAAACUUCUGCCUUCUUCGUCAGAGAUGUGGCUCACGUCCUUUUGAACGUGAUCGACGAGAGCACCAACGCAAAGCACGUCUCUCUGUCUGCAGCUGCCUGCCACUGCCUGCGAGCUCUCUGCGUGGAAUGCUGCACGAGCCAUUCAGAUCUCCUCAAAUGCCAGCUUCCCACAAUCGUCAACGCCCUGGUGAAAGUCGUGAAGAAAACCCAAAAGCGACCUGUCGCUGCCAGAGCACUCGAUAUUAUGGAGUAUCUGGUUAUUGAACAAGGCUCCCUUUUGAAAGAAGCCAUAUGGAGAUUGGAACAAUUCCCACAACUCCCAGAAUUUGAUAAAAUUCAAGCAGCUUACGAACAAAUCCUUACACUCUAUGUAGAUGAUCACCUGGAAAGUGCAAUCAAAAGUUUCCUUGCAGCCGGAGAGGCCGCCAAUGAGAACAGAGUGGAGGGCCUGCAAUUGCUUUGUACCAAAUUGUCAACUGAGAAAACGCAGCUGCAAAUCCUGUAUGACGAAUUGAAGGUGACGAGCAACGCUUCGAAUAGCACGCUGCUCGUCCUUGUGCGCUCCCUUGUUAAAUUGAUCAGCAAUCACGAUAAGGAAAUUGCUCUCUACGCGGCAGCGUGCCUCGGAGAACUAGGACCAGGGCAGCUGAUGUCUAUUGUGCUGGCGGACCAAAAUAGAUGGAAACAUAGUCAGAAGCCUUUGAUUCUGCUAUACCAGCGAAAAUUGGAGCUUCUUCUGAAGUGCAUUGUUGAUCCUGACAUUGACGUGUGUUGCCAUGCGUCCGAGCUGUUGCACUUAGUCUUGCAAAGCCCCACAGGAAAAAGUGCCUUGGAGCUCCUCUCCCAGCCGGACUAUCUGUUCCCCUUCCAGUCGGAUAGCCAGGAGGACAAAACUCCUUUGCAGAUCAAUGACGUGAAAUUCCUCUCAACACUGGAUGACGUUGAAAUUUGGUGCCCGUCCGCUCCUUGUUCACACUCCCAAUGGAUUGUCAAUCUGACCAGCAGCGUCCUGCUCUCAUUCUCGUUCAGCAGAAAAUACACCAGACUUCUCCAGCAACUGUGUAAGGCUAAAGAACAGUUUGCCGAUGCCUUGCUACCUCCACUCCUCUUGUUGGUUCUGGUCAACGACAAAGAGUGCGGCGACUUGGUCGUCAUUCAGCUGAAUGAAUUUUUCGCGCAGCACUUCAUGAAUCGAGACAUGAAUCCAAAGAACUUUGCCAGACACAUCAUGGGAAACAAGAGCUCCAUUAAAUGCAUGCUGGAUGUUGUUCAGUUUCUCCGAGAGAAUUCUGUGGCUGGAAAACUGUCCGAAUUGAACUAUCUCCACGUUUCGCAAGCUGCCAACUACUGCUCGGCAUUUUUCUCCUGCAUUUACUAUGGCGAGUUGUGGGGACUGGAAAAGAAGAUCGCUCGUAACGGAAAGCUGCGCUCCAUCGAGGAAGUUUGCGACGGCUCACCGGACGGAAAAGCACUGCACGCGAACCUUGUGCAGACUUACACCAGCAUCGCUGAUCCGGAUGCAAUUUAUGGGUGUGGAAUGUCGCGUUUGCUGGACAGAGACUCGCAGAUCCACUACUACGAGCACUGCAAAAGAUGGGACAAGGUGCUGCUGCUGAAUGAUUUGAGCUCGACUAACAGAAACGCCGCUGGCAUGCUUCAAGGAAUGAUGCCUGCCUUGCAUCACCUGGGACUGCAAAAUCUGCUCAAGACCAACUUGGACCUGCAGGACAGACCGAAGAUGAGGGCCGCGCAGCUGGAGUGUUGUUGGCGGCUUGGAAAUUGGGAGCAGCCAACUCCUUUGGACCUGGGCCAGCUGGAAGACGUGCCGUUCGAGAUCGCCCAGUAUUCAGCACUCAAGUCACUAGUCAUUUGCGAUUUCGACGGCGUCAAGGAGAGCAUCUCGCUGGGAAAGGGAGCCGUCAUCAGGAAACUUCAGCAGUCCAACCUGGAGAGCACUCAGAACAUUUACGGAGCCAUGUCCCAGUUGCAGAUGUUGCAGGAGAUCGAGGAUGCGCUGGACAGCAGACUGGCCGUGAAAACCAUGGAUGGCGUUCUUCAGAAGUGGGAAAUGCAGGACAAGAAAUCCAAUUACCGCUUUGAACACUACGAACCAGUUCUUUCCCAGCGGUUGUGUCUGAUGAAGACCCUUCUCCAACUGGAUUUCAACGCGGGGCAUUCCAGCAUGGACGAAAACAGCAUCUCAAGAGCCACUGCCGAGUUGCUGCUGAAACUUUCAGUAACUGCGAGAGCUGAGAAGUGUUUCCACGUCUCUGAAAGGGCGUUGCUGGAAAUGUCUGAAAUGAAUAGCAUUUGCGAGGAUUUGAGAUGCAGACAUCUCUUGGAAAAGGCCAAUAAUUUCUGGGACCAAGGUGAUGCCAUUUUCGCCAAGCAAAUUUUGAUCCAGCUCCUCAGCAAAUUAAAAACUCUUAGCAAAGAAAAAAACCAAUUCAACUCAUCAGCUCUGAAGACCACUUAUGCACUUGCAUUGAAAACCUUCGGAAAUUGGCUUGUGGAAACAGGGUCUGAAAAUCCUCGCGUCAUUAUUGACGAGUACCUGAGCGCCGCUGUAAAAAUCUUUGAGGAAGACGGUGGCCAACUGAUGCCAGUAUCAGAAAAAGUGAGUGCUUUCAGAACUUUGGCCAAUUUCGCAGAUAUCGAGUACCAACGCGUAGUCAAGUACAUGAACUCGCCUCAUUUUAAGUCCAAAGUUGAGCACAUGAACAAGUCGGCCAUGUCGGUUGCCGCUUUGGGAAAUGCCAAGAACACCGGCGACAAGGACUUCAAGAUUGCUGUGAAGGUGAACGAGGUGCAGAGCAACAAUGACAAAAACGAAAUCGACGCAACGGAUGCUGAGCGAAAGGAGUUUUUGAAACUGGCCAUGGACUACUACAUCAAGUGCUUAGCCCUCGGCGACGAAAGAAUCUCUACCGUGUUCAGGGUCAUCAACCUGUGGCUGGAAAACAAAGAUGAGGUGUCGGAAAAACUGGAUUUCUCCAAAGUUCCUAGCUACAAAUUCAUUCCACUUGUUCCUCAACUCACUCCACACCUCAAGCCAAGCAGUGACAACUUCCAGCGCAAGAUCGGCGCCCUGAUCAUGAGGUUGGCCGAGGAGCACGCGCACCACACGCUGCCCAACAUCCUAGCACUCAAGUUCGCGAGCCUCGACCACCAGUUUGACGACAGCGUCAAGCAGUCCCCGAACGAGAGCAGAUCCGUGGAAGCCGACAGCCUGAUCAAGAAACUGAAGACCAAACCUAAGCUGCAGCAAAUCAUCAAGCAGCUUGAGGCCGUGACCAACGCCGUCGUCGAGUUGGCCUACUUUUCCAAAGAAGAGUGGCGCCAGAUGACCGCCAACAAAAUCCCUAAGGAGCUCAAGAUCACGAAAAUUCAGACAUUCGACAAAAUCCAGGUGGCCACCUGUAGCUUACCCGUACAGAAGAGUGGAAACUACAAACCCUGCGGGAUUCUCAGGUAUGAAAUGCAGUUCCAGCUAGUCGGAGGAAUCCACGCCCCGAAGAAAAUCAUGUGUCUCUCGAUGGACGGCUCCAAACACGUCCAACUCUGUAAAGGCCUGGACGACCUGCACCUGGACGCCGUCAUGCAGCAGGUGUUCACCAUCAUGAACGACAUGUUCUUACGGAAUCCAAACACCAGCAGCCGCAAGCUGUCCGUUAGAACGUACAACGUUUGUCCGCUGUCCCAGAGGAGCGGUCUGAUCGAGUGGUGCAAAAAUACGAUUCCGAUCGGCAGCUACUUGACGGAAGCUCACCCCCGUUACAAUAAGGACGACGCACCGCCGAUCGAAUGCAGGAAGAAUAUGAGCCAGUGCGAGGGAAAUUUGCAGAACAGAGCCAGGAGGCUGAGAGUCUACGAGGAAAUCUGCUCAAAAAUCAGACCUGUCUUUUUCAACUUCUUUUUGGAGCGAUUCCUUCUGCCGGCUGUUUGGUUCGAGAAGAGGCUGGCUUACACAAGGAGCGUAGCUACGUCGUCAAUGAUUGGAUAUAUUCUCGGCCUGGGGGACCGGCACGUUCAAAACAUUCUGGUGGACACAACAACUGCUGAGGUCAUCCAUAUCGACUUUGGAAUCGCUUUUGAGCAAGCUUUGGUGCUGAGGAUUCCAGAACUAGUCCCAUUCCGUCUUUCAAGAGACAUCGAGUCCGGCUUUGGAAUUUCUGGCACUGCGGGAGUUUUCCAGAAAUCGUGCGAGGCAGCCAUGCAGGUGCUGAGGGACAACCAGAAGACGAUCCUGACCAUUUUACAAGUGCUUCUGUUUAACCCUAUGUACGUGUGGACCAUUUCACUGUCCCAGAAUCAGAACGAUCGCAGUGGCAUGAAAGGAGAAAGAAUGGAUCGAUCGGCUGACAAAGCCAACGAGCUGGCCGAGCGGGCACUUUUGAGACUGCAGCAAAAGCUGAUGGGCACCGAAGAGGGAAUGGCUAAUAGCGUCGAGGGCCAGGUCAGCAGACUGAUUCAAACCGCGAGAGACCCUCAAAAUUUGGGUCUCAUGUUCUGUGGUUGGCAACCCUAUCUUUAGGUAUACUGACACUCACCUUGUGGUAUUACAUCGCCAUUUUUUUUAUAAGAAACUGAACUCAAAUAACACGCACCAAGUGCAUUCCUGACUUAAGUUUUUUAUUUUAAUUUGUGUAAAUAAAUAUGUCGUGGACCUUUUUAAGUAAAUUGUUUCAUAAAUGCACAGCUUUGUGUUGCUCCCCAGAGAGCGUUAAUUUAGGAAAUUAUUGAAGUUUGCCUUCCGAAAACUUCCUUAGGCCCUCCUCAAUAACACUUGAGUCUACCCCUUUAUCCACCAAAAUGGAGCAAACCCCUAUGGACACCAAGUCCCUGAUAUUUCUGUACUCGUCGUCGAAGAAGAGCAUUUCACUGUAGUCCAACCCAGAGUUCUUCUUAAUCCUGAGAAAUACAUAUUAAGAAAAAAAUGACUGAUUUCACGCCACUCCCUAUAAUAUUACUUGCUGAAAUGGGUCUUCUUGCACCCUGGGUAGAUUUCUUUGUAUGAGAAGUACUUGUUCCAGUCGAACAGUUUAAGCAACUGUUCAGCGCCCUUGAUCUCGCCAGUCCUAGAGGCAACACCUACUUUGUAGCCCUCCGAAACCAGUCUCUCCAGGAUUGCUGGAAUAUCAGCAAAGUGCUCAAUUUCUUGUUUCCUCUGAUCGACAACUUUUCCAUUGCUGUUAUAUAAUAAAUUGGUCACUUAACCUUGGCAAGGUGA